AUGAUAGGUCAAGGUAAGACCGAGACAUUGAGGGUUUUCGAUGAUGAUCCGGAUGAUUGGUACAACGGUGAUAAACCGAAUUAUAAAAGUACCAUCAGAAUCAAAUGGUCUAGGUUAAUGUUCCAAGAUGAGUAUGAGCGAUUAUUUGCCUCUGCCAAAGGAAGCCAGACCGGAUAUCAAUGCCAACAACAAUAUUACUAUCCGUCGCAAAGUGCUCAGAAUUCAGAGUCUAAGGUUGGAGGAUUCCAAGUUGUGGGAGAAGUUUUUGAUGACGAGGAGAAUGAUGACCAGCACCCCGGGAAAUCUCUCUUCAAUUCUUUGAAUCCCAUAAGUCGAACGAUGAUUGGGCUCCGCACCAAUGAUCCCAAUCCUCCAGAAACCGCUGAUAAGGAAUACGCUCAGCAAAGUGCAGCGACCGAAGGCAAUUCCAGGUUGAACAGACUGAGAAGGUUCUUUCCUGGAUUCAAGGGGAAAGAAAAGGAGGGAAGUAUUUAG